AUGGACUGGCUAGAUGCCUUCGAUCCAGGUGCUCCGAAGAGCAACAACAAGAGUCAGCAUCAGGUCUGGAAUCGACUCAGCCAUGAAGCGCAUCAAAGCAAUCAGAUCUCUUCUGAGAGCUCGACCUCGAGCUCGGCCGCAGCUGGGCCAUCUGCUCCAGGACCACCAACCCCAUCUGGCCGCAUCACUCGGACGUUCGACUUCUCAGCUUGUACAGGAACCAGCGCAUUAACGCCUCGACCUCGACCACCGAGACCUGGACCAUCGAGACCGGGACCAUCGAGACGUAAUAGGGCUGCUCCACCAUCUGCAGCAUUACGGUCCGAGGACGCUCAACCAAACGAGAACCAGACGAGGGCCAAGCCUUGGGAGAUCUCGGCUCCUCCAUCCAUAGGUAUGGCAAAGUCAAGGAAGAACAGUGCGAGACCACCGCAUAUACCCACUGGACCAGCUCAGACUCAGCCAAGCCGUCCGUUUCCCCUACCCCAACGGCCACCGCCUUACAAUCGCGGCAACAUCUCACAUCCCCCCGUCAGCGUUUAUUGCUCUACCGCUCUACGGCCGCCAGCAGGAGCACCAACGUAUCCACUUCCCAAAGAUCAGAGGGAAAAGCUCAAAGAGCAACAGAAGCAGAAGCAACAAGCGCGCCAAAGGGAUCAGCAGCCUGCGAAGCAACCUCCUCCCAAGAAGCCUCGACUCGACAAUGCGCCUUCAUCGUUGCUGGCAGCAGACGCAACCCUAACGGAGCCAUCUACUGUCAGGGAUCAGCUCGAGCAGUCGCGCUUGAUCACGAUCGACGAUGUCAAUCCGAACAUCCGUCUGUGGCCUCACAAGAGCAGAACGGAGGCUGAACGCCUGAUCGCAAACGCCAAGCCCGGACCAACACCUGCAAUCUCGGUCAAUCGCCUACGGGAAAGCCUCAACAAAAAGAGCAACAAGGAGGUGCACGCUGCUCGCUCUCAAGCCGGAGAGUGGCUGAAACGACAAAAGAACUUCAGUGACUCCGUCUGUCUUGCCAUCCGCAAUUGUCGUAAACUGUUGUUGACACUGCUUCAAAUCCGUGUCGAGCUCUAUCACUGUGCUGCAAAGCUCCUACCCUGUCCGCCGCCAGGGCAAACGGCUGAAGAAGAACGUGCGUACGUUAUCGAUCUCGUCAACUACGCCCGCAAUGUUUAUCUCGAGCUUUUGGGACUCAAGACGUCUCACAUCAACGCGGCCGCAUUCAACGAGAAAGAGAUGGCCUUGCGGCCGAACGAUCCUAUCAUUGUUAAUGCUUCGCAUCAGAUUCGCGAUGUUGACGACAUCGGGUGCUAUGCUUUACAGGUCAUCGAGCACUACGUCAAGACCUUCGGUCCGCGUAUCUUCGACCUCUCUUGGAACGACAUUGAACGAUGGAAGAGACAGAACAUGCCUUACAGCAAUGUCGACGUCGCAAGUGGUAAUCGUCCGGACAGCACUCAACAACUCGAUGCUUCACGAGCCGUUGUGCCGCAGGUCGACGCGCCCUCAACCUUGCCGCUGCCUUCAGCAGAACACACGGAGGCAACUACCAGGGAUACAAUUCGAUCUGAGGCCGUGCUCACUCCUCCGCCGUCUCCGCCUCGCCUAUCACAGCCUGAGACCGCGGCGGAAAAGAUUUCGAUCGCAACAAAAGCAUCAGUACGAUCACCUUCCGUCUCUCCGAAGCUUGCUCAGCUCAGUGGCAUUCUAUCUAUCUUCGAACGUACACCUGAACCUACCCGUGUGUCCAGUCGACAGCAUUCCCACGAGGAUAUGCUGGAAGAGGCCCGACAGGCCGAGGAGCUGGCACGAUACUUGGAGCAGCUUUCGGACGCUGAACCCAUCCCGUCUGCCGCAGCCCGUCCCCUUACGGUACCAGCGCCAGUAGCGCAAGCCCUGACCGAGUCCAGAAGCACCGCUGAAGCUAACACAUUCUCGAUUAAGGCUGAAAAGUUGGAAGAAGUCGAUGAGCUCUUAGACGAAGGUGUUUCUGACAUUGCAGUGCCGGAGACCCUGCAGUGCCCUCCAACCAUCGAAGAGGGCACAGACGAUGAUGACGAAGAUGGUCGUCCACUCGCUGAAGCGCUAAGCUUGACAUCACUAGCACGACAUCCUAGCAGUGCCGACUCGGAUCCAGAAGAAAACAUACCUUUGCGAGAUCUGCUUUAUCGACAAUCGUCAGCGACACCCUCUGUUCGAUCUACUCGAGGCCGCAACGAAGACAACUCGACGUGGCCAUCCAUGUCAUUCGAGCCCAAGGUGCUGGGUCUCAAACAGUUCAGAGCAUUCUCAGGUGCCCCUGGCAUGUCCAUCAAGUACUUUGUCCCGGUCGCGAGCGCAGCCAUGGAUGCCCAGGCUUCGGUACGCAGCCGAGCUAACGUCUUCGACGCGGCGAUUGGAGUCAGCGAACAUGGUCGCAUCGCCAUGUAUGCGGAAGAGCAGGCAACCAGCUCGGAGGAGCUGGACCCUGGCCUUCCACGGAAGCUGAUGCAGUUUCAAGCACGCGAUUCCGAGGGCAAAGGCAAGGGUGAGAAGAGCUUUUCUCCCAUUGAUCGGGUGGAAGAUGUUUCACGCUUGACGUCCAAGGUCUGCGGUAUUGCUUCAUCGACCAAAAAAUUCCUUGGGUUGGGAAAUCACAACGCCUACCCAAGUCAGGUGAGCUUGGUGACGGUAGACGAUGCUGGUCGAGCGUGCCGCACGUACCAUCUCGAUGAGCGACCUCAUACUCAAGGCGCCGCUAGCAUCUCUCACUUCCCACGUACUGACCCGGACAAAGCCUCUUCGAUUGACUUUGCCACUGGUGGCAUGGAUGGCAUCGUCAACCAUUGGAGGUGGAAGGCGAGACCGACCAGAGCUGAAACUCAACGGCUCCACACGCUUCACGAUGGUAAGCCAGUCGUCGCCUUGGAGCAUCUCUCCUCUAGAUCCAACAUUCUGGCGUCUGCCUCUAUUGGGACCGUCAUAGGCUAUGAUCUCGGUGCUCUGACAUUAGGUUUCUCAUGGAAUACGAGCGACCGCAUUGUGCAUCUUCAGCGCACGCCCGAUCCAAAGCUGAUGCUUGGGAUACUCGCCCGCCGUGACUACGACCAAUUCCGUAUGUUUGAUAUCACCGGCCGCAAUGGACCGAUCUCAAGACCCGUCAUCUCAUUUGGCUGGCUCAACGAUGCAGAAGGCAAGCUACCUCUGGGUCGAGGCACAUUCCAUCCGACUCGGCGAGCGAUCUUUGCCCAUGGAGCGGAAGACGGACAUGUCAGGGUGUGGGAUAUGCGAAAUGCACGCGACCCUCUCAUCGACCAGAGACUCGGUGAUGAGCCGAUUGUUCAAGCUGUCUGGGCUAGCUCAACAAGUGGUGAUGACGAGGACAACAUGUAUGUCGCUACCACAAAGGGAGUUCGAAGCAUCUCUUUGCUCGCUCCGUAA